AUGCCUUCGUUGAGUAUUCGUUAUCCCACUGGUCACUUGGACGAGAUUCCUGUUGUACCCACGGAACCAAUCAUUAAAGUAUUAGAGGCAGCUUGUGUAAAGAGGUCAUUAGAUCCGAAACUGUAUAAAUUGGUGCAUAAUAGGAAGAAUGUUGAUUUAAGUGUUCCAUUCCGCUUAUCUGGGUUGACCAACCGUGCCACAUUGGAACUAGUUUCUUGCGACCAAGCCACAGUGUCGAAUUGCAAAGUUCGUAUUGGAGUUCGCUUACAAAAUGGUUACAGAGCUGAAUGGAAUGGAAUGUCAGACUCGACUAUUUGGAGUGUUUUAGAAUCACUUGCUUCUAAAGAUGAAAGAAUAGCAGAUAUGCUCACAACGUCUUCAGAUGAUUUGGUGCCUACGGUUAUGUAUUUACAAAAUUAUUUUGGGGGUGAGGACAUUCUUCGUCAGACUACUUUAAGUAGUUUGGGUAUUCGAGAUUCGGCUCUUUUUCAACUAAUGAGGAGACAAGCACCACCGCCAACUACUAAUUUGAAAUCUAAAACACCGGGUAUGCAUUUAUUUCUAUUAUUGAUUUUUUUGUUUGGUCACUUCGUCUUAAAUACAGUUCUAUGUAUUGCUAUCACUUUUUUUAUAAUAUUGAUUAGUGGAGGCUUAAUUAAUAACAGCAACUUCAUUGACUAA